AUGAGGAGGGUCGUGCUCAAAGAGGCUGCCAAAAGGUUUCCCUGGUUGGCCAAUGUCACUCUGUAUGGGUGCCUGUUCGCCGGCGGUGACCUGGUCCAUCAGCUCGUAGCUCAAGAGGAUAACAUUGACUGGAAACACACUCGCAACGUGGCUAUUGUAGCAAUCAGUUUCCAUGGGAACUUUAAUUACUUCUGGCUGCGAGCCCUGGAGAGACGGUUCCCCGGGAAGUCCGCCGGAAUGGUUUUACGCAAACUCCUGCUGGACCAGAGCUUCGCGUCGCCUUUGGCCACCAGUGCCUUCUACACAGGGGUGAGCAUCUUGGAGGGUAAGGAGGACAUCUUUGAAGACUGGAGAGACAAGUUCUUCAACACCUGGAAGACUGGACUCAUGUACUGGCCAUUCAUGCAGCUCCUGAACUUCGUCCUGAUGCCGCUGUACUUGCGGACGGCCUUCAUGGGCUGCUGCGCCUUCCUCUGGGCCAGCUUCCUGUGCUUCUCCCGGCAGAGCGGCGACGGCACUGUCAGCGUGGCUCUGGCCUUCAUCAUGGACCCCCACGAGACCCUGCAGGAGAUGCGCCAGGCCCGGGUGGCCAAGAAAAAGCAGAGUAUCCAGGAUGAAGACUAA